AUGUCCCGUUUUUUCGCUGGUGGUGUCUCAGAUUCAGACUAUUCCUCAUCUGAGGAAGAAUUGCUAAGUUCCUCUGAAGAAGAAGAAGAAUUAAACUCUUCAAGUGAAGAAGGAGAAGAAGAAGCUGAAGAAUCUGAUGAUUCAGAAUUUGCCAAUAACGAUGAUGAUUCAGACUCAGAUUCAGAUGACGGCGCUGCCACAGGUCCAGCUUAUUUCUUGAAGAAAUCAUUUGCCAAAGGCGCAGCCAGUGAUGACGAAUCAUCUGAUGAAGAAGAUGGUAAAAAAAUUGUUAAAAGUGCUAAAGAUAAAUUACUUGAUGAAAUCAGAUCCGCCAUCAACACUAUUGAUUCUUCAAAGACAAAUAACGAUUGGAUUGUUGUUUUAUCAGAAUUUGACAAAUUGAACCGUUUAUUAGUCCGUGCCCAACAACAAAAUUUGUCUACCCCAAACAUUUAUAUCAAAGCUAUUGCUCAAUUGGAUGAUUCAAUUCAAGAAACUCAACAAGAUAAAAAGAAAUUGAACGCCAGUGUCUCAAAAGCUUUCAACACUGUUAGACAAAGGGUUAAGAAAGCCGUUCGUGAUAAUAGUACAUUAGUUGAAUCAUUUAGAGAAAACCCAGAAGCUUUCGAAAAAGAAGCCCCAAUUUCAGCAACACCAUCAAAAGCUGGUACCCCAGCUCCAGGUGUUUCAGAUGGAUUCACUUCUGUUGGUAAAGCUGGUAAAUCUAUUGAAGGUGCUUCAUUCUUCAAAACUUUACGUUCUGUUGCAGAAUCAAGAGGUAGAAAGAAUGUUGAUGUUCGUGAACAAAUCAAAACUUUAGAAGGCUUAAUUGAAGAAGCUCAAACUCCAUAUCAAUCAAUCAUUGCUUACCUAAUGUUGAUUCCAUACAGAUUCGAUGGUUCCUCAACUUUAUCGUACAUGGCUAUUGAACAAUGGAAAUUAGCUGCUCAAGAUAUUAACAGUUUGUUCAAAAUAUUGGAAGCUAAUAAAUCUCAAUACCGUGUUUUGGAAAAUGCUGAAGCUUUAGACGAUAUUGAAGUUGAACCAACUCCAAAUGCUCAAGGUAUCCGUGAAAUUUUAGGUUCUGUUGUUUCAUUUGUUGAAAGAUUAGAUGAUGAAUUUACUCGUUCAUUACAAGUUAUUGAUCCUCAUGCCACAGAAUAUAUUGAUCGUCUUAAAGAUGAACAAAUCAUUUACAGUACCAUCAUUCGUGCUCAAUUAUACUCUGAAUUAGUUAUUCCUGAAAAAGAUAUCGCUAAUGGUGAUCAAAUAGCAAGAGUUAUUACAAGAAGAAUUGAACACAUUUACUUCAAACCAUCAGCAUUAAUCCAACAAAGUGAACGUACCGCUUGGGAAUCCUUAUCAUCAAUUGGCCAAAAAUCAUACAUCCUACCAUUUAGUGAGGAUGAAUCUUAUAUUGAUACAUUAUUAGACUCAUUAGCUUCAGUUUUAUACAAACAAACAAAUGCCGUUUACCGUAAACGUGCUAUGCUUUCUCAUAUUUACUAUUAUGCAUUCAACAACCAAUAUUUCAAAGCUAGAGAUAUGUUUUUAAUUUCACAUUUACAAUCCUCAAUUCACACAUCUGAUGCUUCAUUACAAAUAUUGUUCAACAGAGCUUUAGUUCAAUUAGGUUUAUGUGCUUUCAGAAAUGGGUUGAUUCAAGAAGCUCACCAAACAUUACAAGAAAUUUCAACUUCAUCACGUCACAAAGAACUAUUAGGUCAAGGUGCUCAAAGAUUCAAUAACCAAAAUUCAGUCGCUGAUAAGCAACGUCUAUUGCCUUUCCAUACUCACAUCAACUUGGAAUUGUUAGAAAGUGUGUUUUUGACCAGUUCUUUAUUGAUUGAAAUUCCACAAUACGCUCAAUUAGGAUCUUCAAUUGAUGCCAAAAAGAGAUUACAAUCCAAAUCAUUCCGUCGUGCCUUAGAAUUCCAUGAGAGACAAACUUUCCAAGGUCCACCAGAAAAUACAAGAGAUUUUAUAAUGCAUGCUGCCAAAGCUUUACAAGCUGGUAACUGGCAAAAGGCUUCUGAUUUAUUGAAUUCCAUCAAGAUUUGGAAUUUAUUCCCAGAAUCAGACAAGAUUAGAAGUUUGAUCAAAGAAAAAUUACAAGAAGAAGGUUUAAGAACUUAUGUUUUCCAAUUCAAAUCAUUCUAUUCCAAACUUUCAAUUGCAAAAUUAUCUAAAAUUUUUGAACUUCCAGAAAGUAAAGUUUCUGCAAUUUUAUCCAAGAUGAUUUUCAAAGAAGAGAUCGCUGCUGGUCUAGAUCAAGUUUCAAACUCUGUUGUUUUCACUAAGGGUGUUGAAUUAACCAAAUUACAAGAAUUGGCUUUAAACUUGGCUGAUAGAGCAACUUUGUUAUCAGAACGUAAUGAACGUUUGGCUGGUGGUCAUAGUCAACAACAACAAGGGUUCUCAUACAGUGUUACUGGUGCUUUAGCAAGUGCCCCAGGUAGUAUUUCUGGUGGUGCAUUAAAUGGUAUGGACAAGAGAAAUAACCAAAGAAGAAAGACUACAAGAGCUUAA